GAAGGAUGCCAGUGCCCAAACACUGGGUACUGUUAAUGGCUCUUCUCUUUUUUUGCGAGUGGUGCAUUUCAACAGGUAAUAGCAGACAGUUUUGGAGUGAGUAAAUCCACUGUGUGUCGAGCCAUCGCAGCCGUUACCGAUGCACUAGUUGGAUUACAAGGCCGGUUGAUCAAAUGGCUGACAGCUCAAGAGGAAGUAGCAAUGUGCAAAGCUAACUUUCAUAGCAUCGUCGGGUUUCCUGGCGUAAUCGCUUGCGUAGACUGCACGCAUAUUAGAAUGCAAGGGCCGCGUAAAGCAGUUGAGAAGGACUACGUUAACCGUAAAGGUUAUCACUCUAUCAAUACACAAGGGAUAGUGAAUGCAGACGGUUUGUUUCUCAAUUUGGUUGCCAGAUGGCCAGGCAGUGUCCACGACAGCUUUAUAUUUAGAACCUCAAAUCUUGGACGUGCAUUGGAAGAUGACCCCAGAUCUGGGGGUAUUGAAGGAGGCCUCCUGUUAGGUGACAGCGGCUAUGCCUUAAGUAGGUUUUUGGUAACACCAUAUAUGCAGCACCAGCCAAGGAAAGACAAGAAGGGUAAUUUUCAAAAGAUAUUUUGUUCAAUGAUGCUCACGCUAUUACAAGAAGUGUUGUAGAACGCGCAUUUGGCUGGCUGAAGAGACGAUUUCACUGCCUUCAUGGUGAACUCCGCUUGCAACCCCUUAAGGCCUGCCGUGUAAUUACAGC